AUGGAAAUCAAGAGUGAUGAUGAUCAUGAGCAGAGAGAAUUUGCUGUUUGUGUAACUCUGCUAGACUCUGCAGAGAAAGGAGAGCAGAACAAACUCCUAACAGGAGGAGACUCACUCAUGCCCUACGAGACAGAGGAUCAGGAGACUCAAUACUGCUUUCCUAACAUCAACUCAUCAUGCGUCAAGGAACAACGCUCCAGUCAUGGAUAUAUCAUCAUAUAUGUGUUUGUGUCAUUGCUGUCAGCAUGGACUGUGUUUCUGAACCUGCUGGUGAUCAUCUCCAUCUCUCACUUCAAGAAGCUUCACACUCCAACCAACAUGAUUAUUCUCUCUCUGGCUGUAAAUGAUCUGCUUAUUGGACUCGCCAUGCCUAUGGAGGCCAUCAGAAUGAUUCAGACAUGUUGGUAUUUUGGAGACACUUUCUGUGGAAUUUAUAUAUUAUUUGUGUCAAUACUUCUCGCAGCAUCUCUUGGUAAUUUACUUUUAAUUGCUGUUGAUCGUUAUGUGGCUGUUUGUCACCCUUUAUUUUACCCACGGAAAACAACAAUGGCUAAAAUAUUAAUAACUAUCUGUCUGAAUUUUGCUUGUUUAUCAGCAUAUAACACUGCCUUUGUAAUUAAUAAUGGAUAUUUUGACACUUCACACAGAACAGAUGUGUGUUAUGGACAGUGUUCAGUCAUGAUACGUUUUAGCUGGAUAGUCACUGAUCUGUUCAUGUCUUUUAUUUUUCCUUGCACUCUGAUCAUGAUGUUUUAUUUGAGGAUUUUCUAUGUGGUUCAUCAGCAAGUGAAGGUUAUAAACUCUCUGAUGAAGGGUGGUAAAUGUGUAACGGAGGGUUCAGGGAAGAGGAAAUCUGAGAGUAAAGCUGCUCUGACUUUAGGAAUCAUUGUGUCAGUGUAUAUGCUUUGCUGGAUUCCAUAUUAUAUCUGUUCUCUAACUGUAAACUCUUACACAGCUAUAAAUGUUUUAAUAUUUGGUGUACAUGCUAGCUCUGGUCUGAAUCCUCUGGUUUAUGCUUUAUUUUACCCCUGGUUUAAAAAGACAGCUAAACUCAUUUUAACUCUGAUGAUAUUUCAGCCGGCGUCCUCUCUUAUCAAUGUUUUUACACAUGAAUUAUAAUUAUUUGCAAAUCUGUCACUAAUAAAUUUGUAAUUUUCACUAAAGUUGCACAGCAUUACAUGGCUUAUUUCAUCCUGUAAGUUUGAUGUUUAGUAAAAAAAAGAAUUGUGACAGUAGUACACAUUAUUACUGUGUGAAUUAGAUAUGGUGUGGGGGUUGUGAGGGUCAUCUUGCUUUAUGCUGCAUCCCAUAUAAUAUUUUUAUAACAUUCAUAACUGCUAUGAAAACUAUGUUUGUUCCCAAAAUCACCUGUUUAUUUAUAAUAAAUUUCAUACUUGUUUUUUUUCUUGAAUCUGAAAAACAAAUGUUGAAGUGUUUUGUGGCCAACGCCAUGUUCAUACGAACACGGUUAUUUUCAAAACUGCACUUUUUUUAUACACUAAACUAUACUAAAACCAAAACUAUCUGAAAACCCAAGAUGAAGAUUUUCAGAAACUCUGGGUACAGUGUGGUCAUGUGGAGACUACAACCAGAGUUUUUGCCUCAUGAUGUCAGUGAGCAAGCGGUUUUCUUCUUUUCUGGUUGGCUGGAGUGCGGAAGACACACAGUUUAGCAUAUUCUACACGCUCACACCACAUGCAUCAUGUAUUCCAUAUCGUUUGCACAGUGGGACAGUAAUCCGCCUGUUUUGUUUGCAUUGACUUGUAUGCGGUUUACUUGCGAAAACACUUAAUGCUCUGUUGGUUCGGCAUGCCCAAAACAUAAAUCACAUCAAGUUUUUUUCAGUUUCAUGUAGAUUUUUAACAAAAAUUAAAGCAGGGGAACUCUGUUUAUAAAAAUAAUUGCGUAUGAGUGGACAUGUAAUGAGAGUUAAAGAAUGAGGUCAGUGGUGUGAGUGAUAAUGAGCGUCAUCUGUGCAGCAAACCUGUCUCUAGCCCAUCAGAAGAGCUCCAGAAGGAAAAAAGUAGAGCUGAUGACAGUGAAGGACCAGCAGACCAUGCCUCAGACUCUUUACAUUUAUGUUCUGGUUAUAUUUAUGUCUAUUUAUCAAGAACUGCUGCUUGUUUUAAUUAUUUUUGGAUUAGAUUUAAUUUAUAGUUUUCACUCACUAGUUUAAGCCCUCUUCUUUCAUGAAGCAUUUAUUAUAUUAAUGUUACAAUAAAUGUCACAAUAGAGAAAA